AGGCAAUUCACUCAACUUUCCUGCCUUGAUAGUUGAUUCUUUCCCCUCUUGACACUAUUUAUACCCUGACGAUUUUGAAGCAUAACGAACAGAAGAAGAAGGAGAUGGCAGUUUCUAGCACUUGCUUUCUCAACUUCUCCCCUCCGAUCACUCCAGGCAGCAAGCCUCCUCCGGCCACUCCCUCAGCUCCGGCGUUGCACCCCUCCAAAUCUAAUCAUAUUUCAUGCAGGCCGACGAAGGAGGGAUCAUGGAGAAAGCAAUGUGUUCUGGCUAUGGCUUGCAUCAUGGUAAGCUGCGAGAUGGGACACUUGGGCGGUGACGGUGAGUGCUGCAAGGCCAAGGCCGAGGACUUGCAGCAGGCCGCCGUGGCAAAAGCAGCUAAGCGGGGUGUGGUGAGAUGGAGCGACAGAAGGAUGUGCCCGCCGUGGCGAGUGAAUUCUUUGGAGAUAGUCGUCCCGGAGAACCUUCCACGACCGUCGGCUCAGCGCCGGUGGGAAAGCGUGGACCUUUCUCGGGUUGCUGCACCGCCGGUGAAGGCCAUCACCAUUAGAGCUGCUAAUAGCAGCAAUUGUUAUACCAUGUAAAUGUGAUGAAAUUAAACCUCAACCAAAUGAAAAGCUCUGGUGUAUACUCAUUUAAUUAGUCCAUUUAUAAUGCUGCAUACGUUAAACAUGUUACUGUAUAGUAGUAGUAAAUUGAACUUUGAUCAGAUGAUCAAAGCUUAAUCUCUUUGGAAGAUAUUUAUUGAUGUUACUUCCAAUA